CAGGAGGAAAUGGUUGCAGUGGAUGGCACACAUUGGUCUGGAGUUGUUCUAGAAAAUCUCUCUGGACUCUCAUCUCCUAGCCAGUCAGUUUUCAAAAUUAAAAAUCAAAAAAGGAAUUUCAAUUGCGAACAAGACACUGUUCAAGACAGUUUAGCUAUAAGUGGUUCAGAAUCUUCUUGUGUUACCAGUAUUUCACGCUCAGAAUAUUCAGCAUCUGGCCUGAAAGCAAAGGCGAACAAAGGCAAUUAUAACAUUAUGGGAGAGGAGUCGCGGCAAUCCAUUUCACACAUCCGUACAUCAAAAACAAAGCUGAUCGAUUAUUCUGCUUUAGACCACAGCAUUUCAAGUAGAAGUAAUUCGUCAACUCUCAAGAGGCAAUUGCAUCAUAAAAGUGUUCUUCCG